AUGCAAUCCAUUGAUUCAUUGAGAGAAUUAAACUCCAAGCUCUUAGCUGAGAUUGCCGAGCUUAGGAAGGAAAAUGCUGAGCUUAAGGACAAGAAUGCUGAGAUCCCUGAUCUUAAAAGGAAGUUUGCUGAGAUUGAGUCUGAGAAAGUUGAGCUUAAGGCCAGGAUUGCCGAGCUUCUAAGACAGGCUGUGGAAGAGAGUAAGAGACGUGAUGUUGAGAAUGCCGAACUCAAGGCCAGAAUCGAGGAACUAGAGAAAAAUAAGACAGUUACCACUAAACUCGAGUUUGAGAAUGCUGAGUUUAAAGAUAGAAUUACAAAAGUGGAACAGAGGCAAAUGCUAAAUGAUACUUCCUCUAAUAACAGUUCACCUAACUUCAAUUCAGUUGCAGAUCAGUUAUCCAUGGCAACACAUCAUGAGAAACCGUUAGUGGAUAAGAAAAUGGAUACUUCAUUACCUGAAGAACCAAUUCCAGAGGUGAUUGCAAAGCAAUCGGUAUCAGCUGUUAACAUAUCUGUUAUGGACCAAUGUGAUCAGACGACCUUAGAAGAUAAAGAAACAAAUGCUUUCUUGGAUGAAGUGCAUAAGAAAAAGAUUAGUGAUGAGAUUAGACAACGCAAUAGGGAGAAGAAACUUCAAAGCCAGAAAACAAAAGGGAUUGAUAAUUAUAAUUUUGCAUUUGCUCAGCUGUGGAAUUCACCAUGUCCUAUUUGCGAUAGAAAACAUGGGAAUUAUGGAUUACAUGGUGAAUGGUAUAGGAAUGGAACGGAAUAUUGUCUUACCUGCAAUACUUCAAGCAAUAAAUUCAAGUUCGCAAUUGUAGCAUAG